CCUUGUGAGUCGGGUGCGUUGUCGGUCGCUCCUCGGACCCUCAAACCCUAGGUUGUAGGGAACGUUUUGGUGACCUGAAAAAGAGAAAAAAGAAAAGAGAGAGAAAAAGUACUUGGUUUUUGUUCUUUAUCUGGUGUUGUGAGUGUCUGAAACAGGAACCGGCGAUCACUCCCUGUGAGAACUCGUCAUCUUCUUGCCCCGUGGGGAAAAAAUAUAGAUAAGAAGCAGCCAUGGAGUCCUGGGCAGUCUUAUCAAUCUACGCUAUGCUGCACCUCAUACACAUCGUUAACGGUGCUGUAAUGGGAGAAGUUCGAUCCCGUUCGUCACCUAUAGUACUCACACGCUCCCUUGGAUCCUGUAGGACUCCUGACAUCCACGCCGAUGAUUCCCACGCAUCCUAGGAUACCCCGGACAGCUCCUGACCCUCCAGGGGAACCUGCAGAAGGUUGGAAAAAGAAAAAACUCCGAGUUUCAACAGGAGAAUUACUUGCAGAUAGCACUACAGAGGCAGAAAAGGGCACAUCAGGGGGAAAACAGCCUCCUGGUGAGACGAGGUUAUAUCUCUGGGAAAAAUCUGAUGACAGUGUAACUCCAGCAGAAGGAGAUGGAGAUGGAGAUGGAGAUGUGGAGGGUGAUGCUCAUAAAAACACACUUGAAAGCCUGACGCAUUCACUUGAAACCAUAGAAACACAUGUUCCCACCAGAGUACCUUUUGUUUAUCUUCCACAAGCUUCCUUGCCUACCAUUAGACCGACUGAUGGUAUCCAGUACACGCCAAGAGCAGAAGUGUCUCCGGUGACGCCUGGCACUCUGUCAACGCCAGCUAAUUCAAUGGUGACUCCGUUGACGCCCUGGAUAGCGGGAACCCCGAAAACAUACUGGCCGGAGUCUUCCCCGGUCACUCCAUGGCCACCAGCAACACCCGUAACCCAGCGCAGGCCACAGCAUUCUCUAAAUAUUGCAACAACAGCGACGAGUGUAACAAAUAGUUUUCAGUCUUCGUCAGCAGUUAGAUCAAAGGCUGUUCCAGUCAGAGCUGACGAGAAAUAUCGAGAUCACGCAACUUUAACAACUACAACAACUCAUUCUGUUCCACCACGCGGCAAACUGUCAUUACCAAACCCUCACGUUCAUAUAAAGCCAACUAGCCCCUCCACUUCUAUUGUUUUAAAAGAUAAAAGUAAGUCGUUAAGAAAAGAGACACCAUCAAGACUAGAGGCGCCAAAUUUCAGGAAUGACAGUUCUUCGCUUCCGCAGGAUCUUUUAUAUUAUGGCAGAAAAAUCAGCGGUUCACAAGAUCAAAGCCCUUUAGAAGAUAUUAGCAGAGACAUCAAUCGGCAAGUUGCGCGGAUGUGGGGUGGAGGUGAUAACGAACAGUUAUCAGCUUUGGAAGAAGGUCUUUAUAGAGACACUGCAUCAUGGCCGUGGUUGACAGGGAGGAGGAUGAGAAGAAAGCUUUCAUCGGAGAGAAAAUCUGCAGCCAUUGUUGAAAGAUCAUCACCUUUACUCAGUACCAAAGCAACAAAGACUAUGGUUAUGAAAGCUAGACGAGUAGAGGUAACUCGAGAGAAUGUCACCACUAGCGCCAGUAACUUAGAGAGUUCAAAAUCAAGUGGGUCUAAACUAAGCAAAAGCACAAUGUUGCAAAAGAUGAAAUAUGGUAAAAAGCAUCAAAACACAACCGUUCCUGAAUUGGGGUAUGUCAUGCUAAUGAAGUCAGUACCAGAAAACAUAAAAACAGAAAAUCGGCAUAUUGAAAAGGUAGCUAAGUCUCAGGUUGAUUUCAAAACCACAAAAACUGGAGAUUACGGUGGUUUUAGUGUCACCAAAACUGAAGAGAUUAAACCUGCUGACAAAUUGACGUCAUCAGAAAGUAAACCUGUCGCUGGAACGUCAGAUAUUAGCCCACAUGAUAAACGCACUUUUGAAAGUCAAUUCCAGAAAACCAAUGACAGCAAAUUAUCUGAUUCGGAUAUAACUACUAAACAUAAUCCUCUUAAUAAGAGUAAUGUCAUUGCUACAGCAAAGCAAGUUGGUGAAAUUAUGACCUCUAGUAAAGCUUCAGACUUACCGAAAGAAAGCACAAAAGGCGAUAUCCAUUCCCCUAUAACAACGACACCCCAUAGUAAGUGGAAGGAGGGAGCUAUUUUGUCUGUAGCAAAUAAAACUUCGAAUGUGGAGUCAAGAUCUGUAACUCUUCCAACUUCAAAACCAAGAACUAAAUACACUCAUAAUGUGAGCGAUAAAAAAUCUAAAGAACAAGAAGAAUAUGAGCCGGGCAAAAGACAUUCAUCCCCUUUCAUUAUAAAUUCAAAACAAUUAAGAGAAUAUAAGGCAAAUGCAGAUUCACACAGGCCGCAUAAAACGCACAAAAGUGGCCCAGAGCGCCGAGUGCAGGCAACCCCGACAAAAGUUUACCCCGCUGCAUAUUCUAAAAGCCCCAAAAAUUUCACUAGUGUUAAAAGCAGUGAAACUCAAACCACCACAACUUUGUCAAGCGUUUUUAAAGAAGAUCUUAUACCCCCUUUGCCAUAUCAGUGGGAUAAAGGGUGGCAGGCUCAGAGACCAGAGAAUAAUCCAGGAUUGCUCAAAGGCAGCAGCAGUAUUAAUGGCCAACCACACGAAAGAGAUCGAGAUACUGUCAUCUCUUCUUUCCAGUCUUCAACAAAAGUAUUCAAAGUAGAUGAUAAAGCACAGUCUCCUGUUAGCCACGGAAAAGGAACUAAAAAAUUUGAAGAGUUUAUAUCCCCCGUAGGAAAUGCAAAAGCUAUGAGUGGGCAAUUAGGCACGAAGACCGAGAUGUCCAGCUACAAUAUUGAACACGGAACAACGCAAGCAACCAACUCUUUAGAUGAUGACCUCAAAGACGCGCUGGUUACAUUACCUGGAACAGACAACCCUGACCUAGUGACUCACAGGGACUCCGUAGAGGUGAGAGAAGCUGUUGGAAGAGGACCUUCGUGGCCAGGGUUAGGGGAACGAGUGGAAUUUGUAACGGUGGUUCCAGGUGGCCAGUGGGAUGUGUGGGGAGGACCUUCUCUCUGGGACCCUCUUUCUCCUAAAAACAACACUUACAGAAAUCCGCAGGUUUACUCCGUCUACUGGGGAGAUACAGGAGGUCCCGGAUCCCCUGCAGGAUGGCCUGAAGGCGUGUGGGUCAUCCGUGGAGGUUCUCUGACGGCAAUCAUGGCUUUAGUGGUUACAAUAUCGGUGCAAGUUGCUAGGGAUGGCCCUGCUCACAGGGGUACAGCAACAGCAGACUCAGUGCAUCGUGCCCAACACAAUCAACAUGCUACUUUGGCGACCAACCUCGCCACCUCUCUCGCUUCAGCUCAUGUCUUGCUCAUCUUUGGAAUACAGGCCACGGGAAAAGCGUGGGUAUGCGGCGUCGUGGGUCUCCUGCUCCACUUCCUCCACCUGGUGUCGUGUUGCUGGCUUCUGGCACUCACGGUUCGGUUGCUGGUGGCCCUGCACCAUCGCCGGCCCAUCCACACGGCCGUGUACUGCACGGCAUCUUGGGGAGCCUCGCUCGGACUCGUUGUGGUCUCAUACGUGGUCAAUCCCGAGGGAUACGAGACACGUCGGUACUGCUGGAUGUCCGUCGAAAGAGGGAUGCUGGUUUCGUUCAUAGUGCCUGUUUGUACCCUGAUUCUGGUGAACGCUGGGGUUUGCGUGGCUGCGCAGAAGGUGUUGCUCGACAUGAGGGACGGGGUCAAACACGAGGUCAUGACCCAACACAAGCGUGACCUGAGAGGUGCCGUGUCUCUGCUCCCACUCGAAGGCAUCUCCUGGUUCCUCGCCGUCGUGGCUUUGGAGGACCACCAAAGCCUUGCCCUCGACUGUGCGGCAGCUCUCGUCAGCGCCUGUCUGGGAUGGUUGGUGCUCUACUUCCACGGAUGGACGUGGAAGUGCCACGGCCUGUGUUGGCUCCGGCGACAAAUUGCGUCCUCCCGGCGCGUGGACGACCUCUCCCUACCCCUCACAGCCCGAUAUGACCACGACCUUGCUCACCAGCCUUUGAUCCCGUCGCAGGUGCCCAAUCCAGCCAGUCAGCCCCACACGACCGUCACCCUCGCCCCUCCCGCCGCGCCUUCUCAGCAGCCGCCUCCCCAGCAGGAGGAGUUUCCCCUGCAGCCGAUCUUCCCGCUGCACGAGCGACGGGAAGUGUACUGAUGAGCCCUCGUGAAACUUUUUUGAACUCUUUCACGCACUCGACCCCUUCUCCAUGUAACUCCAGUCAUCCUGAGCCCACCCUCCACAGUGACCCAUUUUACCUUUCCUUUCGCGUAGAAGACACGAAAUGGCGCCCGUGAAACGUUUUGCGCAAAACAGUCGGCGAAUGUUUGUCUCUGAUGACGCCUCUGUCGGAACGUUGGCCGACUGUUUCCUCAAAUGUAUGUCAAAAUUGUUUGGCAUUACAUCCAGCUCAAACUCAAAGCAUUCUGCAUUUUGAAUCUUCGAACGCAUAAGCUCAUCCACGAGACUAGAAAGAAAAAAGAAAGAAAGAAAGGUCUUCAGCUUUAAGCUGUUUUCAAGCAGAGACGAAGCGUGUGCAGCAGCUCUCCUCUCCUCACCUCACUCUUGGUCGUCAGUUUCCAGUGAUGUUUAGUACACCAGGGGUCCGGUCCCCGCAUAGCCUCUUCCAAAGCCCUUCUCUAAGCCCCCUAUGGGAGAUCGGAUCCCAUAUAUGUGAGCCCCCAAACCCCCUCCUUUUUUUAGACUAAGGCUUUGUAGUUAUUCCCAAAGACUAUUAUGAUAAACAUGACGAUCGUUAUUACCGUGCGUCUUAAGGAGCAGAUAAGUGUCACUUCCACCGGAAUUUCCCUCCUGCCAUGCGAGAUCAGAUCACGAGCAUUUCAUACCUCCUCGAAUUCAGCAUUUUUUCCCCUCAUAUCCUCAACGUCAUAGGAAUCAUCAGUAGAAUCAACUCCUGAACUCUUCCACCAUGUUAUCAUCAUAAUUCCACUAGAAGCUCCUUUCAUGAUGUAGGGGAAUACUUUCUCAGACACUACAUACAUGCACACACAUUGUUUAUUCAAAUUCAACUGUACAUUAUUAUACUGAAAUCAGAUUCCAACGCUAUUCAAUAAAUAAACUAUUGACUCAUUGCGUCCUCCCCUUUUCCUUUCACGCCGUAGGGAUAACAAACCCAUUCGAACAUGCACGAGAUACAAGAAAAACUAUUCAUACUGAUUGACACUAAUAAAAUUGAAAUGAUGACUGCGCAUAUGCAGAAAUGAACGCCUUGUCGAUUUAACAAAGGAUUCCUUACAUGUACAUAGACGUCCAUGAGUCACGAAACGACUCUUUGCAAAAUGAAAUUAAAAUCAUCUUUCCUGAGUUUGGUGCCAUCAUCAUCUUGGGUAUUCUGUCAUGAGCAAACUAACCAUAAAAUCACGGAAAAACGCUCAUUAUCCUAACCUUCAAAUAGUAUAACGGCCAUCCAAUUCUUCUUUUUCGAAGUCCUUUUGCCAAAAAAAAAAGCGAUCUUUAUCCACAACGAGAAUGUGUUGACACCAGAAUUACAGACUUUGCAAUUACGCGACUGUAGACAAUCAUUACAUUUGUUCAAGUGGGAAAUGCUCUAGAUUGGCGCAUAAGAAGGAUUAUAUAUAUAUAUAUAU